ACACACUGUUCCGCAUGUUUCAGCAGGCUCAUGCUUUAAAUCUAGCAGCUGAUGAAUGAGCUCUUUGUAGUUUCACUGGCCCCAGGGCGGGGCCGGAAUUUAAACCGAAGCGCAGACUCUUCAUUCAUUCACAGAGUAGGAGGCAGACACACAACCAGAGGACCUGCUUCACUCAUCCACAGACUGCGCGCUCUUCAUCAUGUCUGUGAGCAGCUCGCUCUGUAAGCGCUCCUCUUCUUCCUCACUGUGGACUUUGAUCCUGUGCUCGGCUUUCAGCGUCUGGACUCCCGCUGAAGGUGAGGUUCUGGUGAUUGGUUCAGGUCUUCCAAUCAUCGCUGCUCCGGGUGAUGAUGUGAUCCUGCCGUGCCACCUGGAGCCCAUGUUUGAUGUUCGGGGUCUGACGGUGGAGUGGUCCCAACCUGAUCUGAAGCCCGACCCGUCAGACCGGCUGAGCCGAGUCGAGUAUGUUCACCUGUACAGGGACAGGAAGGAGGUCCCCGACAUGAAGCUGGCAUCGUACUUCAGGAGGACGGAGCUGUUCAUGGACGACCUGAAACACGGGAACAUUUCACUGAAGAUCCUGAACGUGUCGGAGGAAGACAGCGGCAGAUACAGAUGUUUCAUCCCGAAGCUGCGGAGCAGAGUGAAGGCCGCCAUCGUUCAGCUCGUAGUUGAUGAAAACUACGCUAAAACCUUGAUGACAGAGACUCCUAGAAUCCUCCAAACUCCAGGUCCUCAGGACACGACUCCAAGAAAUGCAGGUCGGUCCAGGGUCUCUGUGGUCAUCGUUGUCUCCUUCAUAUCAGUUGUAGCUGUCGCUGCUCUCGUCUCAUAUUUUUCUCACCGCCUUCAUCCGAAACUAAAUCAGCAUCCAGAGGACGAUCAGUCACAGAGACAACCAUAGCGACUCUAGGUGCCUUGCUCAAAGGAGCAUUGGUAUUCAUACAGUGAUGGUCAAAGUCUCCUGGAUCUUCAGUCAGGCUGGGGAGACACUCAGGUCCAGCAGCACUGAGAUCAGUCACUGUGAAGGAUGUGAGUCAGUGACGGAUUUGAAUCUUGACCCCCUGACCUGAACACUGGAGUUGAGUUCAUGAAUAGAGCACAUUUCCAAAAUAAAGUAUUGUAUUAGGAGAACACUGAGUCUAAACAGUAAACUAAGUUCAAAUGUAGCUCAAAUGAAUGAUGAAAAGCUGUUGUAUCAACAUGGACUCUGAUCCAGUGAAGCAGUGGGUCUUGGAUUUAAAUGUGGCUGAUGAGAUGUGUGAUUAUUUUUUCCUCACACUGACUCAUUUUGUUUGAACUGUUUCAAUGUGGAAAAUAUUAAAGUUGG